ACUGCCCCAUUCUCUUAAAUGUCAGCACUCAGAACAGAGCUCCAGACCUUAUUUUGAAUCUGACUACGAGUUCUGUAUCAUUUGUUUCAACCUAUUAUUAAUCGUAGUUUGUUAUGGUGCACAAAGACCUUUGUGAACAUAGCUGCAGUCCAUGUGAAGAAGUUUGAACCAUUAUUAAUCUGAGGAUGACUAAAGACGCAUUAGCUGUCACUAUCGCGGUCUUGUGGCUGCUCUGCAAUCCGGCGAGGAUCAGGGGAACCGGGGGAUUUCAAGGCGCCAUUCCUCACCCAAAUAAAUACAGCCCAAACCAGUCGGAACAGUCACCGCAGACACCGCAGGCCAGUUCCAGGGGAACGGGACCGCCUUCAGUCGGGGACGAGGUGCUGGACUCCAGCCAGGAGGCUUUACACGUAACGGAGCGCCGUUACCUCAAACUUGACUGGUGUAAAACACAGCCGCUGAAACUGAUGAUCUACGAGGACGGGUGCCAGCCGCGCGCCAUCAUCAACCGCUUUUGUUACGGACAGUGCAACUCAUUCUACAUCCCUCGGCACGUUUAUCAAGAGGACAGUGCGUUUCAGUCGUGCUCCGUGUGUAAGCCAAAGAGUUUCACUACCGUUACUUACACGCUCUUCUGUCCCGGACAGACUCCCAGCACCAAGAAGAAGCGCAUGCGCCGCGUCAAACAGUGCCGCUGUACUUCUGUCGACUUGGAUUAAAUUUGCUGACGUCUUUGUUUGUAGGCUACUUUUGUCUAAAAGUCACAAAUUCAUAUGGCUGAAAAAUGUGGGAGCAUGAUCGAUUUGUUUCCUCCAUCAUUAGUUGUUCAGCCAUCAAAAUGAGGCCUUUAUAUUGUGAAGAAAUACAAUUGAUGCAAUUAAAUGAAUUAUAAAACAAGUUGGCCAAGUUAUAAUACUAUAAAAUAGUGACAUAUUAAAAAAUAUGCUUAUAUCAUUAUUAUAUUCUCCACUGUGUGGAGCACGAUUUGCGCAUUGAUGCAAAUAGCUUAUUUUGUGGCUUGAUUUGUAAUGUGGGAUACAUUAAAUAUUAGGCUAUGGAUGUAAAUAAGCA